AUGCUGUUUGUCGUCAAUAAUGCAAAAUUCCCAGCUCGUACUCUUCUACUCCCUUUCAAGAGAGCUCUUUCCACGCAACCAACAUUCUUGCCAAAAUACAAAUUCAGUGCACACGCUCGCGAGACUCAGACUCUCACCAGCCUAUAUCAACGUCAUCCGCGGUUCCUUUCCAGUCAAAAUCUCAUCGUCCCAAUGUCUGCAAACUCCCUCAUUGACGCUUUCAAAGCCAACAAGACGACCUUUGGAACAUUCGUAACCAACGGAGGAUUCUAUCACGCUCGAACAGUCGUUCAAUCCAGCCCAGAUCUUGCUUGGAUAGUUAUUGACUGUGAACAUGGAUUGACGGCGUUGACCCCUGGAGUAGCUGAUCAAGUUGCCGCUAUCCAAGCUGAAGGCGUACCUGCUUUGGUCAGGGUACCGGCGACGGGAGUAAGUUCGGGUACGAGUUGGCAGAUAAAGUAUUGUUUGGAUGCUGGUGCGAAAGGUGUCAUCGUACCAAUGGUUUCAACUCCAGAGAAGGCCGCAGAAGCUGCGUCAGACUGUCGUUUCCCUCCAGUCGGCAGGAGAGGUUUUGGGAGCGCGUACGGCCACACGAGCUGGAACAUGUCGGUUCAAGACUAUUUGGCCAAAGCCAACGACAACGUACUGUGCAUAGUGCAAAUAGAGACGAAGGAAGGCAUCGAGAACCUCGAGAAGAUCGCAGCUGUGGAUGGCGUUGGUACGUGUGGUUGCCCGUCGGCAUCAGGCUUGUGA